UCUAUGUAGGUACCAUGUUUGCGACGAUUGCACAAAUUGACAUGCGAUGCUCGUUUUCUAUCAAGCUGUCGUUCUCCUUUUCCCCCUUAGUGCUUUAACCUCACUUACUCCUCCUUUUAAUAUUUAUCUAGAACACCCCUUAUGUUACUCCAUCGCAAUGAUUGCUGUAUCAUUUCGUUUUCGAUGCAUCUUGGCUGCAGUGAUGAUACCUCCACACAUCGGGGCUCACGCUUUGCGCGGCAGUGAAGUAUGCAGAUACUAGAAGUUGGUAAAAAUAGGAGCCAGUUGCUUACUAAUGAGAGAG